AUGAAUAUUCUGGGUAUAUUUAUUAUAUUUAUUACAAUUACUGUUCACCAAAGUUUUAAUCAAAUAACCAGUGAUGAUCAUUUAAAAAUCGGUAUUACUUCUAAUCCGACCAGUUCAAAUCUAGUAUGGGAAAUUAACAAACCUCACAAUGAAGGCGAUGAAAGUGCGUCAGGUGGGCAGAAUUCACCACUGAAAACCUCAAAUGUCACAUCCUCCAUAUUAUGUUCAUUCUGUAUGAUAACAGUAAAUUUUGCAAGAAAAUUUUUGACAAAACCAUCAUCAUUUGAAGUUAUCCAUGGAAUUAUCAGUGAAAUGUGCUCUGUAGUCCAGGACUACGAAAUCGAGUGUUAUGAUCUGGCUGCACAAAUAGUUGACUCAUAUGUGAUUGUAUUCAACAGAACAGAUGCAGUAGAUACAUGUCUGGUAAGAAAUGUUUAG